ACUCCAAAACAUAAGUUAAGACAUUAAUGCAUGGUUACGCCUCAGGGAAAAAUGAAAACAUCUAGUACAGUCGUGUCUAUUUUAGUCUUUUGGCCUCCAGAAUAUCUACUGGCUUAGUUCUUCACAUUAACUUUCCUUGAAAACAAUUCCAGUUUUUCAGCAGCAGGGGUACUUUUCAAGAUUAUUCUUGAACUUUAAUUACUGCUAAAGCGUUGAAAGUGAGCUUCGUUGUUCUUUUGAGGGUAUUAAACUGAAAAGGAACAAUGAGUGUCUAUCACGGAGUAUGAAUAAAUGGGUUACCGCAAAUACACGCAAUAAACAAGCUGCUAAACCCACAAAGCCGCAACGACAAUUUGUUGAAUUCAAACAAAGCCAACUGUUUAUUCCACUCAAUUAGCUGGGUGGAUCGCAUCUUUGGUCAAUGUUUAGCAAAGUUUUCUGUCCUCUUACAAUUUGUUUGUGAAAACGUAAGAUGUUUGAGUUGUUUGUAUCUCGGCGGGGUUGCCGACAAGACGUCUUCUUCCCAAUAUGGAACUCUUUGUUUUUCUACAGAGCAUUUCACUUGUCAGUUCGCGGGAUUCAAAUGGAGUCGUUCGCUCUCCCGCUGUUACAUUCUCUUUUGCGCAAUUGUUUUGGUUUUGAAAUCGCGUUUUGACUGCUGCUUGUAGAUGUUUGACAUAAUUGCUAGUACUCGUGCAAAGGGCGUGACGAGAUUCUUACUAAGUUCAUAUAGUCAUAAACACAAAAGCUCUGCCAUAAGUCGCCUAGGCUUUGCCAAUUCUCGCCCUGCAAAAACGUGCUGUGUUCCUCACAACUUUGAAGGAAGCGCCCUUCGUUAAAAAAUCCUACUAAACUACACCAGAAGACAGCAAUAAUUAACGGAUCGGCAAUGAAAGUAAUCAAAGGGAAAAUGUCUUUUAGAGGACAGAUGAAGAAGAGGAAGUUUUCUUGCCCAGAUGAAGUGCUGUCGAAGACAGAAGAAGGCUCGAAACCAGAAGAAACCAGAGAGAGGAAGCUGUCCUCGGGUGAAGAACUAACACAAGCUAUCAUGCGAAGUCGCCGAAACGUCGACGGAGUGGUGCGGAAACGACAUCAGUCAAUGCCGAUUUUCUCGAGCCCUGACGAGAGCCAAAAGCAACCAAGAGCUGUGUCCUUUUGCCCCGAGAUUUUACUUCUUUCUGCCGUUAUGGAGAACAACACAGAAGAAUUGGCGAAGAUACUUCGAGAGGGAAAUGUCAACGUGAAUCAAGCGAACUCCAUCGGAAGGCUGCCGAUUCACGAAGCCGCUUCGGAGGGUUUCGUAGAAUGCGCACAGAUUUUGAUCGAGAACGGCGCGAAUUUGACUUUGGAAUGCUCUGAGGGUUUCACUCCGCUAGAAGCGGCUGUCAUCAGCGGGAAUUUCGAAUGUGCGGAACUGUUAAUACGGAGUGGAGCGCCGAUCGAUAAAAUCAAAAAUGGAUACCUCGAUCCUGUCGUCAAAGGGAACAAAAUGGCAGCAGACUGUAACGAAGAGGAAGAAAAGAACUAAAGGCACUUACUUUACAAAGGCGGUGAAAGUUGACUUGGUAUCUGACUAAGCGAGUGCAAGCAGAUUUAAAAACAUUGCAUGCUUUUAAUUAAAGUAAACGGAAGAAACAGGACAACUAUAGUAAGAGGCCUAGAUGCGUGUCAGUGGAAUAGAUGCAUUUCGCAAAUGUGCGUCAAAAAUAAGCUUUUUCAAAAUUAGAGAACCUUAGUACAGAUCAAGGGAAAGAGAAAAUUUCGUCACUGAUAGUUUUGAGGAUUACGGAGAAAUAUCUAGAUUUGCUAAGCCGUAUGCUUGCAGUUGUAGCCCGCGGCAAUAGUCAUUUUUUAAGAGUAAACACUGUGUAUUGUCAAAAUAACAGAACUCUUAUGGCCUCACAAAGAAAAGUAU